AUGGCGCUCCUCUCCUCGGCGGUGCGCUUCGCCGCCAUCUCCAUCCCGCGGCCGCAGCAGCGGACCCGUAGGGCUACUGCUCGCCGCCCAAUUCGCGCCGCAUCGGCGGUGCUCUCGGAUCACAGGGCCCGGUUUGUGGCAAAUCGUACGGAGUCCGCCUCCGUUCAACAGCUUCAGCGCCCCCUCGGUGAGCGCCGGCCUCUGCAAUCUCCCCGAAUCUCUACAGUUCAACCAUUUAUUUGUUUCCAUCUUGUGCCAGCGGAGUACAUGAGUUUGCCAGCGAGCCAGUACUCGGUGCUGGACGCGGAGAGGAUCGAGCGCGUGGACGAGAAAACCUUCCGCUGCUUCGUGUAUCGCUUCAAGUUCUUCUCCUUCGAGGUGUGCCCCGUGCUAAUGGUCAGAGUGGAGGAGGAGCGUGGUGGGUGCUGCAUCAGACUCUUGUCGUGCAAGGUACUCGUCCCAGUUUUCUUGGAUGCAUUAACUGUCUUUCUUGGGUAUGGAACGCCCCAAGAAGAGGAUGAAAAGAAGUAAUCUGAUGCUGUUGGUUUUGCCGCUUUUGCUGGUUGCCACCGACUGAUGAUUCCCCAUAGCUGGAGGGCUCCCCCAUCGUCGUUGCUCAGAAUGAGAAAUUCUCCGGUAUGGGAUGCUAGAUUUCUUAUUGUUUUAAAAGCAUUUUGUUAACUGGGUAUUGCGGCCGGUCUUGCUGAGAGAUUGCCCACUAUUUUCCUUUACUUGACUUGAGUUCCUCUGCAAUUGCUUCCUGCAAAACGCAGAAGAUGGAACCUCUCUUCCCCUGCUAUCUUCAUGUUUCAGGCUCAGUUCAUAUGCCAACGUUCCUGCCCUCUUCCCUCCCUUUGUCUGCCAUGAAUUAUGGUUUCAUCAUGCUUCCACGUUCUUGAUAAUGUUUUCCAUUAAUCUUCUUCAGACCUGCAUGCUAAAAACCUCUUUGACCUCAAAUGACACUCCGUGUGGAAUCCAUGAUCUCUUUUUCUGGAUUAGGAUGAGAGUUCUGGGAGAAAUGGGCCACAAGUUUGACGAUUUGUCUAGCUGGCAAUGGCCAUUUCUUCAGCCAUAAGACAGCCAUGGUCUCUCAGUCGGGUUCAUACUCUCUUCCCGUUGACCAUUCUGAUUUGGCAAGGUUGACCAGCGUAUUGAUCAUCGAUCUGAGUCAAAAUAUCUAAUUUUUUCAGGAGUGAUGAUUUGACAUUGGUUUGAUAUGGGAAAUGCAGCUUCCAUGGUGAAUAAGAUAUCCUGCGAUGACGGCUCGGACAACUCGGGAGCACAGAAGCUCGUCACAGAUACCACCAUUGAGGUAAAGCUUCAAGAGAUUAUUUCACUCAUCUCCGGUAUUAUUAUUAGUAUUAUUAUUAUUUUCUCCAUUUUGAAGUGGGUAUCACUUUCAGGUCAGCAUCGAUAUUCCUUUUCCGUUUAGGGCGAUCCCCGUGGAAGCGAUCGAGUCAACGGGUACCCAGGUCCUCGAGCGCCUACUGAGGAUCAUGCUCCCAAGAUUUCUGUCACAGGUUUGCUGAUCCCUGGCAUCUUCUUUCUUGAUCUUUACCCCGUCUGGCAUAAAUCCGCUCAACAUGCAAAAAUCACAGAUUAUCGUCAACAGUGAUAAAAAAGGAAUUUUUUUUCCGGGAUCAUCCAGCUGGUGAAGGACUACCAGGCGUGGGCUUCUGGGGACGUGUCGAGGCUGCCGCAGGGGAACGGGGAGAUCUGA